UUUUGUCAAUUUUCGAUUGAAAGAUCCCUGUAGUAAACAAAAAAAUUAUGGAAGACGUUGUGGAAGAGGCGCCAGCUCCUCUGGCUGCUCCUAAUCCCGAAGAAUUUAAAUCCAAAGAUGAUGGCAUGCACUUAAUAAUCGAACCGGGAUAUUCCCUAGCGACUCUCAAGGAAUUCGUUAAGUCUUCUUGCUUGACUGAGAAAUGUCAAUUCAUAGAGGAAACCGAUGAAAUACAAGAGAUUUGCAAGCAAUUUAUUGCGUUUUUGCGAAAGGAAGAACUCAACCUGGACGAGGUAACGUCAAUGUUUGUAUGUGCAUGUCUUAGCUAUUUUGUUGCUGCAACUCCGGAGAAUUUUGAAUGGCGCUCACAGUUCUUGCAGAAAACAUUCCAGUACGUGGAUACACUGCAUCCAGUGCAUCUUCAUGUGGCCACCAAACGUCUGUGGGAUGCCCUGAAAACGGAUGACAUUGAUUUUGUGUUUAAUGUAAUUGCAAUAUGCCAUCAGAUUUCAAUUGCCAGCGAAACGGGACGGGCCAUAGCCAUCUGUUUAAUAUGGACAAUAUUGUUUAAUAUAACCGAAACGAAUAUACAAAUGUAUUGUUUCCAUGAGUUAAGUGAACUUAUUAAAAUUCUCAAUGAACUCGAUGAUCAGCUAUUGAUCAAGGAGGACAAUACUCGCAUUGUUUAUAUCUUAAUACAAAGCAUUGGAUUCCUGGUGAAUGCCAUUGUCUUUGGCCAAAAUAAGGAUUUCGAAAAAGCCGGCUAUCGUAAUUAUUUUUCAUAUACCAAACGUGAAUUAGAGAAGCUAAAAGAUUACGCAGAACAUUUGGCGAAAUUGUGGAAAAUUGAUAUUUCGGUAGCACAAAAUAACUAUGACUUGCGAAUGACGAUAAGUGAAUACAUAGAACUGAAUAUAGUUGGGGCAUUACAAGAGAAAAUUGCCGAAAUGCAAACAAUCAAAUAAAUGCAUGAAAAAUCGUCGAAAA